AUGCCACCCUCCAGUGGGCACCUGCUGCUCCCCAAGUUUUGGAGAGUAGCAAGGUUUGCCUAUGUGAAGGCUUUGAAGGCCAUCAGGGCAAAGAUCCCUGAGCCUGCUCAACAAUUAUCGCUUCGGCUUCAGCCAGCUUACGCACGCAUUCCUACCCGUCAGCCCAUUAGUCGGGCUGCCGCUAUCCGCCAAUCCCGCAGUGGCCGCUACUUUUCCACUCGCGCUACAGGUUCCUUUUUCUCCUCCCUUCGCUCAGGAUUUCAGGGCGAUCGUGCAGCUUAUCGUUCGUCCCGUGUUGCGUCCAACAUCAGUCGAUUGACCAGCAGUGCGCCUUUUGCGUCGACCCUUCGCCCUAAUCUGACCGGUGGCACGCUUGGCCGCACAGCUGGGGGCUAUGCCGCCGGUGCCGGUCGUAUCGGUGGUGCGCGAUAUUUCUCACAUGGUCCGGCCUCCCCUGCGCAAGUUAUCAACAAUGUGUCGAUGGGAGUCCGCGCCUUCUUCCUCUCAGGCCAGAAGGCCAGGUUCGACGGUAUCGACCCCAUAACCGGGCAGAAGAGAUACAAGGCUGUGAGCACACUUCAAGACCAGGCCGGGCGUAAAAUGGCGGCGAUUCCCCGCAUGGCCCCUGGCUCUUAUAUUGAAUUUCAAAUCUCUCCUACCAUUACCGCUUUCGGUUCCCAGACAAAGGCUACUUCCAGUGGUCUCCUUGACCAGGAAACCAUCAAUCCGGAUCUUCUGGACUUCUUGUCUGCCGACUUCGCACGUGCUCUGAAAGAUUUAGCUGCUGUACUCAAUGACCUGAAGCGCUUAUCGGCACUAGGUGAUUUACCUAUCCUGCUUCAUAACAGGUCGACCAUUCGGGUACGGUUUCCAGGGUGUGAUGUCGAGACGGUGGAGCGGUUGUGCGACGAGGUUGGGGUGCAGCGAGGACGGGUCGUUCAGGAUGAGGACUUCAAUGUCAAAACUGGAGCUGACCUCGCUCUUCUCUUUCCGUUCGCUCCCAGCGUACCUGCCUCUUCAGUCACCGAGGAGUACUUCUUUCGGCAAGGGCCGUCGGACGGUCAGUCUCCGGAUGAGGUUGACUGGCAGGCGAUGAUGACCCCUGAGAACAGAACAGAGUGCUCGCCUGGGAAUCCUGGGAAGUCGAGUAAUGGGCUCAGUUUCGAGGAUUCUCCAAUCUUCGGCGAGAAGAAUCCUUGGGUAUCAUCAUCCUCGUCAGGAUACUCGAGCAUUAAUGUUAGCGAACUUGGGGAUCGUGCAUUCUUUCCUGAGGUAUCCAGCCAUGGCAUUCCCGAAAGCACCUCGGAGUAUGAAGGUGUCGAAGGCAUACACAGAUUCAUAGCUGUAUGUGACCGUGCCGGGCACUAUCAUUGA